UUGGUAAAAUCGCUAACAUGUUAUCUUAAUAUGAGGACAAUGAGUCUUUCAUCCCUGCAUCUCCAGCUGGCGGCGCCUGUUGCCAAUGCCGUCACCACACUGCAGGGAGCGGGCAAGCUGGUGCCGUGGGCGUCCAAACAUGGAUCGCGCUCCACCCGCCUCACAUCGGACCUUGAGGAAAGCAUGAUGAAUGCGCUGGCCAACUGUACGGAGCUGCGCCUGUUCGGGCUGCGGCCCGAGCGUGUCACCAGCCCGCUGCUGGCGCGGCCGCCGCUGCCCCAGCACUGGCGCCAGUCGCACGUGUCGGGCGCCUCCUUCGGGGAGAACCAGCGCGGCGCGGCGCCGCUGCACGACAGCCUGCUGCUGACCGCCGCCGCCCUGCCCGGCCUUGACCAGCAAGCCGCAGCCGCAGCAGGCAGCAAGCUGAAAGAGCUGGCUGACAAGUCGUCAUCCCCCGACGAGCAGCAGCGGCUGAAGCUGGCCUUCGCCGAGGGAUACAUGUCGGGCGGCUCGCAGCGGCGCAAUACCACCUGGACUGGCCGCUUCCUCUACGGCUUCUACAACGUGCUGCGCGUCGCCGUCGUCGUGCUGCUCGUCUACGUGAUCGUCGCGGGUCCAGGAAACAACAUGUUCCGCAUGCAGUUCACCACGAACGAGGUGAUGCCGGAGGAGGUGGACGUCACUUUCGCCGACGUCAGAGGCGCGGAUGAGGCCAAGCAGGAGCUACAGGACAUCGUGGCGUACCUGCGCGAUCCAGAGCGUUUCUCGUCGCUGGGCGGCAAGCUGCCCAAGGGCGUGCUGCUGGCCGGGCCGCCGGGCACCGGCAAGACGCUGCUAGCGCGGGCCGUGGCCGGCGAGGCCGACGUGCCGUUCUUCCACGCCGCUGGAUCAGAGUUCGACGAGAUCUUCGUCGGCCAGGGCGCCCGCCGCGUCCGCGACCUGUUCAGGAAUGCGAAGGCGCGUGCGCCGUGCGUGCUCUUCAUCGACGAGAUCGACUCGGUGGGUGGUAAGCGGAGCGCCUCGCGCCACCACCCUUACGCCAACCAGACCAUCAACCAGCUGCUGUCCGAGAUGGACGGCUUCCACAGCAACGAGGGCGUUAUCGUGCUGGGCGCCACCAACCGGCGCGAUCAUCUGGACGCGGCGCUGCUGCGGCCCGGCCGGUUCGACGUCGAGGUCCAGGUGAGCGCCCCCGACCUGCAGGGCCGCAAGGACAUCCUCCGACUGUACCUGGACAAGGUCACGCUGGGAACGGACGUGGACGUGGACAACCUGGCGCGCGGCACCAUCGGGUUUACAGGAGCCGACCUUGAGAACAUGGUGAACCAGGCGGCGCUGCGGGCGGCCAUCCUGCAGGCCUCCAGCGUCUGCAUGAAACACCUGGACUGGGCGCGCGACAAGGUCAUCAUGGGCGCCGAACGCAAGUCCCGCAUCCCGGACGAGGAGACGAACCUGACGACGGCCUACCACGAGGGCGGCCACACGCUGGUGGCACACUUCACCAAGCACGCCGACCCCGUGCACAAGGUCACCAUCAUGCCGCGCUCGCAGAGCCUUGGACACACGAGUCAGAUCCCGAGCAAGGACCAGUUCCAGAGCACGCGCGCCCAGAUCCUGGCCAAGAUGGACGUGCUGAUGGGCGGCCGUGCUGCCGAGGAGAUCAUCCUCGGCCCGGACCACAUCACCACCGGCGCCAGCAAUGACCUGGAGCGCGCGACGAUGCUGGCCACCAGCAUGGUGAAGCAGCUGGGCAUGAGCGAGCGGGUGGGCCUGCGCACCAUCACCGACCAGCCGGACGCAGAGCUGGGCUCGUCCACCUCCGUCAGCGACAGCACCGUCCAGCUCAUCGACGGCGAGAUCAAGCGCCUGCUACACGAAUCCUACGAUCGUGCCAAGAACCUGUUGAAGACACACAACAAAGAGCUGAAGCUGGUGGCCGAAGCAUUGCUCAAGUAUGAAACGCUUGAUGCCGAGGAUAUCAAAACGAUCGUAAAAGGCGGAAACUUUGUGAAACCAGAAGACGCGCCAACUAAAUUUGAGUGACCAGUGUCGUAGGUGCCAUUGUGUAGAUGGCGUGCGUUUGUGCUGUUCUGUCAUAUUUCGGUGGGCUCCGGUUUGCGAAUCCAUUACCGUCACUUAUGUUGGGUUCGUAAGCGCGUUUUCGUCCGGCGUAACUAGGCACCUUAUAGACCUUGUGAUUUCGUAAUAGUCCGUGUUCUGACGAGAUGCCUUUCUCACUGAUGGCCUUGCAAAUGUUGCAACAAUUGCCACCAGGCAUACAUACAUACAUAUAUGUAUAUAUAUAUAUAUAUAUAUAUAUAUAUAUAUAUAUAUAUAUAUAUAUAUAUAUAUAUAUAUAUAUAUAUAUGUAUAUGAUAUGCGGCAAUUCAUGAAACCUGGCCAGAUGUCCUUACAAAAGGUGGGCCUACCUUUGACAAAUGAAUGCCCGUUGAAGCCUGCGAAAACAUGAGAAAUACAGGUAUUCUUUUCUGAGCAUUCUCAUUUUCCAUUUUGCAAGGUCUGCGCACGACUUGGAACUAUUCGUGGUUCCAUUGUAACAUCAAGUGCAUCUGCGCUAUAUGUUGUUGAAAUAUGUUAUACCAUAUUGAAGCAUGUAAUAAACAAAACCUUGGAAU